UCAAACAACAUGGCGGACAGUGCUUUACCUGUCUUUCAAAUUUCUGAUAAGAACUCACUUGGAUUCUGGCCUGUUUUGAUUGAUGUUUAUCAUUUGUAGAAGUAUUACAGAUUUUCAAAAUGGCAGACAAACUGGGAGGUCCACCAGUGCUCUUUCCUUGUGCAUCAAGGGUACAAGUGCCUCACGUUGGUGCUGAUGAACGUGAAUACACUGUCAGGACUUCAUCACAACUCAGUAGCCAAGAUGGACCUCUAGCCAGAGGUCCUGGAAUAGUGUACAGCUCUACUCAGAAAGACUCCAGUGAUUUGAAUGCACAUUAUUUGAAGAAGAUCAGCACAGGGCUCUCCUUCAGCGAAGAUGUGGUACAAGAUAGGUGUUUUCAUGCAUUGCCUUAUGAUAGCAAGUAUCUACAAGAUGCCUUAAAGUUGCCAAAUUUCCUGCAUUUACCUAAGAAAACCUCUCAGGCCAUGGGAAGGUUUUACCUCAGAGGCUCUGAUAAGAAACACCAACCAUGCCACCUGAAAAGCACUGGGCCACAUUAUCUGAAACCUUUAAAAAGAAGAAUAAUGAAAAAGGCAUUAGAAAUGUCUAAGCAAGAGGAGGAUCUAUUGCAAAAAAUACAAAAAGAAGAGGAUAUGGUGGACGAGGAUCAAGAGGACGAUUUAACAGACAGACGCCAAAUCUCCACAUCAGCAAGUGGGGUAUUUUUAACUGAAGCAUCACCUAGCAGCCCAACUAAAAGCAAAGUAAAAUCUUUUAAAACUGGACCAACAGAGAGAAAGUCUAAAGAAUUAGACCAAGAGGAAGAGGAUGAACUGGAUGGCGGAAAAGUUGCUGGUAAAUUUUCAAAAAAACUGAGAGCAGAUUGGGACUCACACCUUAUCAGUAAACUGAGCAAAAGAACAGCCCAGUGGAUUGUGCAUCAGAAGAUGUUGCCAGAUGAACACCAGAAAGACCUGGAACACCUUUUGUCGGCCAAAUAUGGAAAACCGUCCACCACAGAACUGGUGCCUGAUGAUGCUAGUGAGACAAGUUUUUCAAUGUUCAAAAAGAGGGAGUUGGAAACACCCAAGAAAAAGUACAGGAGGCAGGAAGAAAUAUUACUGGAUCGUGCCACUCAGACUCCAGGUUUUGAUGACAGUGAUGAGGAGUCCCUGGAUCUCACCACUGUCCCAUACUCUGACAGAAAUAAAGCCACAUUUUAUCGACAGCCAGCUGGACUUAGAAGGGAAAGGAAGCACCAGGCGAGAGCUCAAGCAGCCAUCAACAGAACUGCAGGAAACAUUGAGGUUAUCCCCAGGAAAUCUCUCCCGCCACCCACCUUGAAUGACUUCAUGAAUCCCCACUGUGGAGAAAAGAUGUUCAUGACAGACAACAUGUUCCAGCAGGAGUGGCUUACAGGAACUAAGCAGGUACAUCAGGUGUUUGGCGACAAAAGCAAAAUUGUCCUGGAAAAUCUGAACAGGUACAGGAAAGUUUUGCAGAGAAAAUAUCCAGACGACCCAGAAUCCUGGUUCCCAGAAACAGAUGAGGAGAGACAAAAGCGUCUCAAGGAAGCCAAGAAGAGCAAGAAGAUCACCAAGGGUUUACACAGGUGGAAGGACCUACCCGAACCUAUUGAUGACACUGCUGAGUUGCUGAACUUAAAACAGCCUGGAGCUGACUUAGAAGACGACAAUCUUCCAGAUCCAACAAAACUACGGAAGAUCAAGAAAGGGAAUUUGUCUCUUUUGAGAAUUGUUGAUGACUGGAAGCAUCGCUGGAACCUGAAUGACCGGUAUGCAGACAGCACCCCUGAUGACCUCAUAGUGGACAUGCAGGACUUACACCCACAUGUCCGGCUGAAGGCCAUUACCACCAUUGCUAAGGCAGCAGAGUAUAGACCUCCCCCAGAGCCAGGGAUACAGAUUCACUCACAUGUAGAGGAGGAGGAUCACGUCAGCACGCUGCCUGAGAAAUUGUUCGUGGCUUUGGAGUGUCUGCUUCAAGAUACAAACCAGCACGUCCGCAGGGCAGCUGCUAUCACACUGUUUUCUCUGAAUAGGCCACAUCCUGAGGGAGAAAAGAUUUUGAGAGAAACUCUGAGGAAAGAGAAGUCUGUGGACCGUUGGGCUGCUGCCCAGUGUUUGGCCCACUUUGGUGUGUGUGACUCUGAGGUGGUGGGUGAGCUGGUCCAUCAGCUGAUGACUCAGGAGGAUCUGAUCAGCCAUGAGAGAUGUGCCCAUCUUCUAGCCAGGCUUAGUGUUAACUCUACAUUGCCAUACUCCAUGCUGGCAGAACAGUUGAACAGCAGUAGCUGGAGACACAGGGUGAUGGCCUGCAAGGUCAUGGUAAAACUGUAUGGGAAAAUUAACAGGGAUAUAGCUCAGAAGUUAACCUAUCUGAUGUGGAAUGACUGGCACAGCGAGGUGCGUAAAGCGGCAGCUCAGACCCUGGGGAAGAGCGGCCAUGGCAAGGACAUUCAUGACCAACUCAGAGAGAGGUUGACCAGCAGUGACGCAAACAUCAGAGUUGAUGCCAUUGUCAAAGUGGGCUACCUCAAAAUUAUGACUUCCAAGUUGCUUCCAUCAUUCCUGAAGUGUUUUGAUGAUGACUACAUUGCGGCUAAGAUCGCUGCAUGCCAAGCAGCCGGGAUGCUUCAGAUUGAGGAGCCUGAUGUGAUAGACAAGCUAGUCUACUUGGCUACAUAUGAGAGAGUCUGGAAGAUAAAAGCUCAUGCCAUUAAAGCAAUGGGAAGGAUUGGUAAAGAGAUGGAGGAAGUAAGAGACUGUGUCAUCUGGGCAUUUCGUUUCGAGGAUCAGGCAGGCGUGCGUGCCGAGGCAUGCCACACGAUUGUUGCACUGAACAUGAAUGAUGAAGAAGUCACUCAGAUACUGCAGGACAAGUUUCUUGUUGAGCCAGACCCUAUGGUUAAGAAACAGAUUGCCCAGGCGCUGGCAACAUUCGGCAUCAGUGCCACGGAGGAGACAGACAUGGUGCUGCAGAUUAAGAAUGAGGUGCGCAAGCUGUGUACCAAAAGCAACAUCUGUGCCCAGAUCACGGUCAACGAGGCCAUCGAUGAUAAAGAGUAUAACCUGGCACGCAUGUUGUACCGCCCUGGACCUGCCGAGGAGUUGGCUCUUGAGCAGAAGAUGCGCAGUGUCACUAACACCCCAGCUCCUCCAGAGGUCAAGGUCACAUCAAGGACACCUUCUCCGGUCAGCAAUGUCAGGGAGCAGAACAUGUUCACCCCAACUGCAGAUGAUGAACUUGAGAGGAUACUGGAAGGGGAUGAGGAGGAGGAAGAAGAUGAGGAUGAGGAGACUUCAACCAUCAAAACUGGAACUGAGGAGCUUUCACAGUCAAGAGGCUCCAAACGUCGGAGCAAGCCAGGUUCUCUGGUUUCCCAAGCUCUCUCUAAUGUCUCUGAUGAGGAGACAUCUGAGGAAAGUGAGGAAGAUUGGGAGGGUGAAGAGGAGAAGGAAGAAGAACAUGUCACCUCAAAAUCACGGGCAUCUGGCACAUCCCGUGGCCCAAGUAGAGUAAGUAAUGCCACAAAGGACACAAACCCAGCAAUAGGAGACUCUGAGGAGGUGGCCAAAACACCACUUCUCAAACGCAUCGAGGCAGCCAUUGAAGGGCGCUCGUCAUCCAGUCGCUCUAAGCGCUCAACCAGAUCCAGUGUGAAAUCACAGAAGAGCAGUGCCAAAUCUAAAUCCAGUAAUAAAGACUCCAUCAGAGAUCAGGUGGUUGAGAAAGAACUAUCCGACAGGGUGUCAUACAUAGAGGUGACAUCAGAAAUGGAGGGCAUGGCCAGUGAGGAGGAUGAAAGGACAGUAUUAGGGAGUGAUAUUGUGACGGGUACCCAAAAAUCUAUGUCAUCCACCCAAGGUGACAACAGACUGCAGGACUUUGAUGAUGAAACUUAUAACCAUGAACAGGACAGUCAAAUGAUUCUGGACAUUCUGAGGAAAAGGUACCCAGAGUCCACCCCAUCCAUAUCUGAGACCCCCAGUAUGGUGUCUUCAUAUCACCGAUGGGAUGAGGAAGUCCCAGUAGAGAAACCAGUCAAUGCCUCACCAUCACUGGCUCCAACCAUCCUCAUCCAGGCAGCAUCCUCGGAGCACCUGUAUGAUUUCAGUGAUCAGGGAAGUGCCCAUGGUCAUGAUGAAAAUGGUCAUGGGGAAAAUGGUCAUGAAACAAGUGGUCAUGAAACUGCUGAUCAUGAAACAGAUAAGACCACUGUUCAUGAACCAAGUGAGCAUGACAGCAAUAUCCCAACACAACAAGUAGCUAAUCUGGAAGAUGAAAAGUCAGAAACUACUGAUAACGCCCAAAACCUGUCAGAUCCCAAUGUUGGAAGUGAAUCACCACCAGAGAGUAAUUGAAAUGCCAAAUAACACCAGUGAUCAGUGCUGAUAUCACUAUUUAGUUAAUAUAUCAAGUCAGUGAUGGAGAUAGGACUAAGAGAAGGAUGAAUAGUACAUCUCAGAAAAUUCAUAACAGUUAUAGCUUACAGUCAGUAUUUUAUAUAUAUAUGACUAACUUGCCUGAGAAUUUUAUCUUCUUACAUACUUGUUUAUAUUUAUUGAACACUGCAUACAUAAAAGUGACAAUAUUUGCAUUUUUAUUAUUACUAAAAUAUGAGAUUUCACUUUUUUAACCUGCUGAGCAGGAAGAACACUUUCCGUUUAUUUGAGGUGCCUUGCCAAGGAGGCAGGAACCUUUCCCUGGAAGAUGGAUUGAGUUCAUCAUUUCAGAUGUUUGCAUUUUGGAUUCAGUAUACUAUGAUAUUAAUCAAAUGAAACGUGUUUUUGAACAUAUUAACAUAUUGUCUAAAAUGGUAACUUCAUUCCAAAUGUGAUAAAUAAGUAUUUUUCU